AUGGUUAACAAGUCCAUGCGGUGCGCGAGCAAGGCCGCUGAGAGCGCGUCUGCACGUCUCUGUGCGGACGCCGAAGCAGAAACCGCAGCAACUGAUGUCUUAUCGGUUGCUGAAGCGACUCAGCCUGUGUCACUUGGUGAUGCAGGCGCUCGUCAUGAAUACACUCAUGUCUUCACAGAGUAUGAGCUCGAUGUCUCGUACUCUCCUGAUACAGAAGACGGAUCCAUAUCUACGGCGAUCGAAUCCAAGCCGCCUUCCCAGCGUGGCAUGGAUGAUGCUAUGCGUCGCAGCAUCUUUGGUUCAUCUGAUGAAUCAGAUGAACCAUCGCCGAAGCGAAGGCGCUGGAGGUCGCGAGACUCGGGCGCUCACAGUGGUGUCGGUUUUCCUAUUGACACCACUUCGCAACGAGGUGCCAGUACUUCUGUCGGCACGUCGCAGGAAGAGCGGGACCGCAAUGUCUUGCGUCUCGCUCCCAAGAAGAAGGCAUGGAUACCUUCCAAAUCCGUCAUGGAUCACUGGUCGGCGACGAGAAGUGAUCGUUAUCGAACACGAUUGUUCGAUUCGUCAAGAAUCCAUCACCUUGACCCCAGCGCGAAAAACUAUCGCGCUGAACAUGAAUUCUUCAUCGAUGCUUUCUUUAGACAUCGAUGGUACAGUGGGAAUCACAAACGUGAUGGUCCCUCACUACUUCAGGCGUGGAACGCCUACAUCCAUAACCUCGAGGAUGUAGGUCGUGACGCUUGGAACGACAAACUUAUCAAAGCUCGUGAUAAGUUUGACAAAGCGAACCCCGACAGAUGCACGCUACAAGCUGCAUCGUCUGUCAAGGGAGAAAGGAUUACCCUGCCUCUCAUGGGGAGACUCGUGCCCAUGUUGUGUGAACAACUCUACACGAGCACCUAA